GGCCAUCACCAGACCAGGUGGACUUACUUGAACGCGGUGUCCAGCUGCUUGGCCAGCCUCCUGGGAGGGGAAAGGCGGGGAACCAAGCGGAGGACUGAGAACAGCCAGCGUGCUGCUGGGACUUCACUGCCACCCACGCAUAGGAGGUUUUGCUAGACACCAAGAAAGGAAGAAGGCGCGGGGAAUAAAUAACCUGCGGCCGCUCUCAGGCCAGGCUGGUGGCAGCUGGUGGUGGUGGCUGGUGGUUGGUGACCUCUGGUGGCCGGUUCUCCAGCGCGCCCCCGCGGGGGCUCUGGGCGGUGUAGCCGAGGCGGCAGGUGCAGAACGCGGACAGACUUGCAGCUGCCGCGGAGCCCGCAGCCCGUUCCUGGCUCCCGGCUCCCGGCUCCCGAGGGUUGGUCUCCGGGGCGCUCACCCAGGGCAGCACGUCUGGAGCCGCCGCGGUGCGUUCGCUCCCGGAGCGAAGUUUAGGGUCCAGCGCACUAUCUGCGGGCGGGGACCCCCGACGCCAUGGAGGGCGCCCUGGCAGCCAACUGGAGCAUCGAGGCGUCAGGGAACGCGAGCGGGGAGCACCCCGGGGUGCCGGGAAACGGCACGGCGGGGCCCCCGCAGCGCAACGAGGCGCUGGCGCGCGUGGAGGUGGCGGUGCUCUGCCUCAUCCUGGUGCUCGCCCUGGGCGGCAACGCGUGCGUCCUCCUCGCCCUGCGCACCACGCGGCGCCAGCCCUCGCGCCUCUUCUUCUUCAUGAAGCACCUGAGCAUCGCCGACCUGGUGGUGGCGCUGUUCCAGGUGCUGCCACAGCUGCUGUGGGACAUCACCUUCCGCUUCUACGGCCCCGACCUGCUGUGCCGCCUGGUCAAGUACCUGCAGGUGGUGGGCAUGUUCGCCUCCACCUACUUGCUGCUGCUCAUGUCCCUGGACCGCUGCUUGGCCAUCUGCCAGCCCCUGCGGGCCCUGCGGCGCCGUGCUGACCGCUUGGCUGUGCUGGGCACCUGGCUGGGCUGCCUGGUGGUCAGCGUCCCGCAGGUGCACAUCUUCUCGCUGCGGGAGGUGGCGGACGGCGUCUUCGACUGCUGGGCCGUGUUCAUCCAGCCCUGGGGGCCCCGGGCCUAUGUCACCUGGAUCACGCUGGCCGUCUACAUCGUGCCGGUCAUCGUGCUGGCCGCCUGCUACGGCCUCAUCAGCUUCAAGAUUUGGCAGAACCUGCGGCUCAAGGCGGCGGCGGCGGCGGGGGCGGCCGGGGGCCAGGCCGGGGAGCCCGCGGCGCUAGCCCGGGUCAGCAGCGUCAAGCUCAUCUCCAAGGCCAAGAUCCGCACUGUCAAGAUGACCUUCAUCAUCGUGCUGGCCUUCGUUGUCUGCUGGACGCCGUUCUUCUUCGUGCAGAUGUGGAGCGUCUGGGACAAGGACGCACCCAAGGAAGGUAGCUGGGCACUGGGGGAGGGGGAAUGGUUAGAGGGGGCCGGGGGGCACCCACUCCACCCCUGAGCCCAGCCUCCACUGGUUUAUUCUUCUGGAGACCCCCUGGCCCCCCCAUCAGGCAGCACUGGGGAGGAAGAGAGGCACCCACCCCCACACACACUCCUUAGCAGGUAACCUCUUUUUUUUUUUUUUUAAAUUAUUUGUCAUUAAUAGUAUAUUACAGGAUUGUGAGAUUACAACCACACAGCACCACCACCAACUUUCUUUUUUAUUUUUUAUUUAAUUUGCUUAUUUUAUUUUGCCUCCAGGGUUAUUGCUGGGGCUCGGUGCUGACACUACAGAUUCACUGCUCCUGUGGCCAUUUCCCCCAUUUUAUUGAAUAGGACAGAGAGAAAUUGAGAGGGGGAGGGGAAGAGAGAGAGAGAGAGGGAGAGAGAGGGAGAGAGAGAUCUACAGACCUGCUUCACC